AUGGGACAAUCUCUUGGUAAUCCAUAUGCAUUCCGUCGAGCCAUUGCAGAACUUCACUACAAGGAACAUCCACUCUCUGGUGAUAUUAUUAACUCCAACAGUAAAAGGGAUGGAGACACUGUUACUAUUAAAAAGAGUAGUGAAGAUAUGAAUAUCUUUUGGCGAACUUUAUUUUGUACACAUCUUUCUGCUGAAGAACAUGCCUCGUUUUGGACAGCAGAAGAUGUGAGACUGUUGCGAUUGUAUCAUCCAGACCGAUUGGCUUCAGUCCUUUAUGCGGCUAUGCAACAACUUGAGGCCUUUUACACACUCUCUAGUAAAAAUGAAGAAGGUGAAGAAGGUGAAAGUGAUGAUGUGAGUUAUAUGCAGAAUAAAUCUUCUUCAAAGAAAAGAAAAGGUCGUGAUGAGUCUGUGAAGCCAAUGGAUUUCACUUCUGCAGUGAAUGCCCUUCGUCUUAUUUCUGGGGCUUUACCGUACUGUUUUGAAGAUAUUAAUGAAAUGAAAAGACUCCUUCGCGAGGAUGAAGAGGCUGCUGCUAAAGAUGAGACCAAUAUUACUAUUACUUCACAACAUACCCGUGAGUUAAUGGGAAUAGAGAAUCGAAAGGAAAGUCCAUUUGCCGCUGAUUUUGCCUAUCAUUAUUUUGUACGAGGAGAUACAUCUAUGUCUGGUAUGGAUAAUAAUGAUAAUAAUAAUUAUAAUAAUAAUGAGGAUGAGGAUGAUGAUCUUGAAGAAGAUAUUUCAAGUACUUGUUUCUCUCUCUCCGCCAAGUUACCACUAGGCACCAGACUCGUUCAAUUACUUGUCAAGUUAUUCUUUCUACCGGGAUUUACAGUGGUGAAUAAACCUCACCCGUCUAGUGAGAAAACAAUGUCUACAGAAGAAGGUCUCGCCAUGGAUUUAGCGCUACUCACUCAACUGGACUCACAGUUAUUACCAUUCGGCCCAACUCCACGAACUGCCACUAUGAAUACACCAUUAGCAUCCAGUAUGGCGAAUUCACUGAAUGGCAGUAUGGUGUCUAGUAGAACAGCAUCUCAACACACAGAUGUUAUUCCAUUAGAUGAGGAACACAGAGCAUUACUUCUUCGCACUAUUGUGUUAACACUCUCCGGACCUAUAUUUGCAAAAUCCACACACUCUAGUACUAAUGUUACUAAAGUCCAAAAGGAUGAGAAGGGAAAUAAUGAUGAUAAGGAUGAUGUGAAAUCGCAUCUCUCGCAACAGCGUAGGGAAGAGACUACUGCUGUGAUGCUGAAGGGACUUUUGGAUGGACGAAGACAACCUUUCAGUGCCUUACUAUGUGUAUCUUUAUUACAUGUUGUACGCUGUUAUCCAAAACGACCUCUCGCAUCUGCUGUUACUCGCACUGUAUGGAAGAGAAGUAGUUGUUUGACAUCAACUCAUAUUGAUGUAUUGGGUCAUGCCUUAUCGCUUCUUAGUAUGGGUGUCUAUAAUGGUUUAAGUACCUUUGAUCAUUCUACAUUACAGAAGGAAUUGAAUGAAGAUGAAUGUAAUGUUUUCAUACAAGUGAUGAAAGCAGCGUUAGGAUCUCAUGAUACUGGUGUUGUUGGAACUACAAAUGAUGGUAUUUCUUCCAUUGGUGUUCAACCUUCAUCAUCUUCUCAUUCUUCUUAUUCUUCGGAUACGAACGCUGGACUUAUGUUACCAUCUGGUAGGGACAGUGAAGGAAGUAACAGUGUUGUUAAUGGUAGUAGUAAUGAUGGGAACUUUUCCUCCUUAAACUACGUUCAAAGCCUUGUUAAGAGUUUACUUAUAUUACUAGAGAACCCUUUAACAGCAAGUAAAUUUAAUACGAGAGGAACUGUCAUCCCGUGUGCCCCACUUGCCCUUCAUUUACUUCUUUGGUUACUUCAACAUAAUCCAGUUGCUGUUGCGAUUGUUGGUGGUGGUGGUUCACGUCCUUUUCUCUCACUUGUGUAUAAUCUACUCGUAUCAAGUGCGGUAUCAUCUACUCGCUUUGGUGAAGGACAAAUGACACUUCUUUGUCUACUCAUUCUAUUGCGAUAUCCUCCAUUCCUACGGUUUCUUACAACACCUCUUCCAUCAUUGGAAUCAGGAGCAACGAGAGAAGAAGCGAAUGAAUUUCUCUCUACAUUGCGAGCGGCAAUGCCAAUGCUUCCAGAAAAACUUAUUAUUCUUGGAAAUAAUAAUCAUAAUCAUAAUCAUAAUAAUAGUGGAAAGAAUAUGACUGGGGGAAAUGAGAAUUCUUCCCCAGCGCUACGUAUUCGCACAUACGCAGAUAUUCUUGUCUUGUCACUCUGUUAUGUACUUUCACCGAGUGCCCCACGUUGGUAUCAGGCACUACACCGAUCUGCCACCGAAGUACUCCACACACUACGGGUUUGUCUCGCACACAAACACCCCAGAAUAGUAAGAUCUACUACCAAUAAUACUACUAAUACUAAUACUAAUACUAAUACUACUACUACAGGUGGAUUGACUACAGAACCACAUUUUCUACAUCAAGUCCUUGGUGAGGAUGUCAUGUUAGAACUUGUGAAUAGCUUCAAUUAUCUAGCCUCUUGUCGAGUAUUGCGACGAGGUGUUGAGGCACAACGGGUUUGUCUACAGAUGAUAAAUGUCUUAUUACAUAUCAUACGAUCAUCUAUUGUACCUACACAAGGUGAACAAGAUGGUGGAACGAUUGUUCCUCUUCUUUGGACACUAGCAAUGCGUGAUGAUGUGUUUAAUCUUAUGCAUUUAGUGAAAUUAACAUGCAGAGAUCAUAUUGUGGAUGGAGUAUGUACUACUAAACCAGAAGAUGAAAAGGAAACAGAGAAGGAAGAAUCUUUCUUUGUAGAGAACAACCCAGUUGGUUCUGUAUGGGCUAGUGAGAUGAGGAAAUCAUGUAGAGAAGGUUCUGGAUAUUGUUUUAAUGCCAGUACUACUACUACUACUACUACUACUAGUAUUGGUGAUGGUACAAUGUCUAACACAGAGAGGUCUCCAUAUGAGUUAUUAUUGUUUCUACUUGCCUCCAGUAAGGAACUCUCUCUCUUGUACCAAAUUGUUAUUGCUGUACGCACACAACUGAGCCGAAUAGAAACUGUUUCUCCCGUCACCGCAGCAGACAAACUGCCAACAUCUGAAUCGGAUGAAACGAAUAGUUGGGGUGUGAUGUCCAGCAAACAAGAUCCGCUGCGGCCCCGCGGUCUGUUAAGGCGUGGGAGUCCGGCGGGAUGUGAAAGAUCAUUGAUGAUCAUGCAGGCCACUUUGGAGGUUCUGCAAAGGGAAACAGCAGCAGAAGAAGAAGAAGAAGAAAAGAAGAAACAAGAGAAAGAUAAAGUGGAGAAUAGAAGAGAAGGUGAAAGUGGGGAGGAAACACGUAAAGGUACAACAACGGAAAGAAGGCAGAUGGAUGUUAUUCGAAAGGUAAUGGUAGAUAACAAUAGAGCUGCUUUGCGGUGGUUAUUUGCAGAACUUUGGCGUCAAAUACAUAUGUUUAAUCUCUCACCACCUAUGUUUGAUUACCGGAGUGCAGUCCUGCUAAGAGAGUAA